GACCUGCUGGUUUCCAUGCCGCCCAGGCUGAGGACCAGGCAUGGCUAACGGAGUGGGAGGAGGACGAAGACCCCCCGCCACCCCAAGCUACUCUCUCUCUUCGAUACUUCUUCUCCUAUCACUAUCAUUCCUUGUUCUCUCUCCUCUUAUCCUAUCCCCAGUCCGAGGAGACCACCAUGGAGAUGGAGAUAGAGGGAGCGGGGAUGGGAGAGUCGACAAAGAGUUGGGAGAGAAGCAGGAGCCAGACCCCGCCGAGAGGGCCAUCGGCAUGACCGCGCUCACGAGCCGGUGGGAUGCCAUCAGAACCUGGGCCAAACUUGCCUGGAUGAAUUUCCGGCCACCUGAAUCCUGGUACCGUAGGAGAGACUCAAGCGCAGGGGAAGUGGUGAAGGAGGCUGCCACGAGAAGCUUUGAGAAAAGCAAAGAGACGGUAGCGCAUACAGCAGAGUCAGCAGCUAAGGUGGCAGGGGAAGCCAUGCAUAAGACCAAAGAGAAGGUUAAGAGGACCGUCUCCAGGCCGGAAGGAGACCCGGAUGCAGAGCUUUAAAUCGAUUGUUAGAUAUAAAUUUGUAGCUGAAUGUGUUUGUAGGAAUUAGCUCCGAUGGUUCUUUCCUUUCAAAUAGAUUGUCCUUAAUGUGGUUUGUAUUUGUAGUAUGUGUUUGUAAGAGCUGGCUGAAAUGGUUUGUUUCUACUUGCAAUUACAUCAUUUUCGAGGUAGCUAUAUUUGCUUGUCUGGUAUGUUAAUAGGAGUCCUUCAAUAACGAUCUUUUAUUCUCUCAGUUUGAUUACUCUCAAUGCGGAGUGUACUUUUCUGUCUAAGGUGUUUGUUUUAGUCCGGUAUUAUUGAUCAUUUUUUUUUAUUGCAAGGAAGUUUCUUAAUUCUGUCAGUAUUGUACUGUAGUGUGUUAGUACUACUUUUUGAGGAAGUGUACGUUUGAGUCUUGUCUCAGUGGUUUCUUUAUUCAAAUAAAGCAUGUGAGGGUAAUUUUUGAUGG